UUUUGCAGGAGCUAUUUUUUAAAAAAGCAACACUGUAUUGCUAAAUUCUGCGCUGAGAUUUUGCUGGCAUUACUUUCUGACGUUUUGAAUGCAUCUGUCAAAAAUACUGCUGGUAGACGACGCCGGCAAUCGUUUACACAUAAAAUAUUUUAUUUAAUUUAAAAUAAUUCAACAAAGUGUAAAAAUAACAGCUGCGAAAUGUCCUUCAAAGGCAAUACGAAGGUCCAAAAGGUGAUGGUCCAACCCAUCAAUCUAAUAUUUCGUUAUCUGCAGAAUCGUUCGCGCGUACAAGUAUGGCUAUAUGAAAACGUUUCGCUACGCAUCGAGGGACACAUUGUUGGAUUUGAUGAAUACAUGAAUCUGGUGCUGGAUGAUGCCGAAGAAGUGUGGGUGAAGACACGUACACGCAAGAAUCUUGGACGCAUCAUGCUGAAGGGUGAUAAUAUAACAUUGAUACAGAAUGUAAGCCCGUCGAAAGACUAAGCAGCGCAGCAAAUGUGAGGUUAUGUGCCACUCUAACCGAAAGAGCGCGAUUCUGGGGAAAGUGGCGUUUCCAAAUGUGGAAGAGCUAGACUUUAAGAUUAUGCAUAAAAUUAAACUAAUACCGUAAACUCAUUACUAUAUAUACUUUGACUGUAUGCGAAAUGUGUAUUUUCUAUAAUGCACCAAUAAGACCUCAGGUGGAUAAACAAAUGCAUGGAACCACAACACUAAAAAUAAGUUAGUUUAUAAACGAAUUGUAAUUGAAUUUAGCUUUCUUCUAAUUCAAAUGAAUGUAAAAAAAUAAAAGUGAGUUGUAUAAAAUGAAAAAA